UGGCUUGCCAUCUCUAUGGGAAACGUUUAUGUGGAAUUAAUAGGGGUUUGGAAUAAAGUUCGAAAAUAAGGUAUGAGGUUAACACAGGUUUAAGGGAUCGAAUGCGUUUUGUUCUAUGAGAUAAUAGCUGUCAGUUAACAUUACCUUAAUGAAUUAUAAAGCCUUUAUGUGCGUUGUGUUUUUUUAAUUAUAAUAUACGUUCUUCAAAAUUCACAAAAAUGGAUGUGAGGUGAUGAGAUCAUAUAACAAAAGGUAUAAGAUUUCCUAAGCCUGUGUUUACCACAGACGCUAUUUUAGGCGUUUAUAUAAAAACCUUACAAAAUCACAAUUUCCCCCCAUAGACUUUGUCCAACUACUAAAAAGACGCCAUUGCUAUCAAGACGACUGAUUUAACUGAAUUUGUCCGUCUCCACACGACACUCGCUGUGCGUCCUACGUCAUCAAUUUGGGCAGCAGGCGUGUCCGCAUAGCCCGUUCUUAUUCCCCAGCCUCUCACACUGAAUUGCCCUUUCAUCCUACACGCACGGAAGUGGGGUUUUAACGCGAUCAUUAUCAAUUCAACCGCCACCAUGGGGCUUUCAAGUGAUCCACAGUUCCAGAAACUUGAACAAUGGUACAAAUCCAAAGCUGGGAACCUCAACAUGAGGGACAUGUUUGAGGCUGACAAGGAUAGAUUCAGCAAAUUUAGCACAACCCUUGAGACAGACGAUGGAGACAUCCUGCUUGAUUACUCCAAGAAUCUUGUCAAUGAGGAAGUCAUGAGGAUGCUGCUGGCCAUGGCCAAGUCCAGGGGAGUGGAGGAAGCCAGAGACAAGAUGUUCUCUGGAGAGAAGAUUAACUUCACUGAGGGCCGUGCCGUCCUCCACAUUGCCCUGCGUAACCGCUCCAACACUCCCAUUAACGUAGAUGGCCAGGAUGUCAUGCCCGAGGUCAACAGGGUCCUGGACAAGAUGAAGGCCUUCUGUCAUAAAGUGCGUAGUGGCGAGUGGAAGGGCUUCAGUGGAAAGGCCAUCACUGAUGUUGUAAACAUUGGGAUCGGUGGGUCUGACCUGGGUCCUCUCAUGGUGACUGAGGCCCUGAAGCCCUACUCUAAGGGUGGCCCCAACGUGUGGUUCGUGUCCAACAUUGACGGUACACACAUGGCCAAGACUCUGGCCCAGCUCAACGCUGAAACCACCCUCUUCAUCAUCGCUUCCAAGACCUUCACCACCCAGGAGACCAUCACCAACGCUGAGUCUGCCAGGGACUGGUUCCUCCAGACAGCCAAUGAUAAAUCUACUGUUGCCAAGCACUUUGUGGCGCUGUCCACCAAUGCACCCAAAGUGCAGGCGUUUGGUAUUGACACAAACAACAUGUUUGAAUUCUGGGAUUGGGUUGGAGGGCGUUACUCCUUGUGGUCAGCUAUUGGGCUGUCCAUUGCACUGCACAUAGGGUUUGAGAACUUUGAGCAGCUUCUGGCUGGUGCUCACUGGAUGGACAACCAUUUCCGCAGCACCCCCAUUGAGCAGAACGUCCCCGUUCUGCUUGCCGUGCUGGGUGUCUGGUACAUCAACUUCUUCCAGGCCGAGACCCAUGCCAUGCUGCCCUACGACCAGUACAUGCACCGCUUCGCUGCAUACUUCCAGCAGGGCGACAUGGAGUCCAACGGGAAGUACAUCACUAAAGAUGGAGCUCGUGUCAACUACCACACUGGACCCAUCGUCUGGGGCGAACCCGGAACCAACGGACAGCAUGCCUUCUACCAGCUCAUCCACCAAGGCACACGUAUGAUUCCUGCUGACUUUCUCAUUCCUGCCCAGACACAGCACCCCAUCAGGGAGAGCCUCCACCACAAGAUCCUGAUGGCCAACUUCCUGGCCCAGACGGAGGCCCUGAUGAAGGGGAAGACUUCAGACGAAGCCAGGAAAGAGCUGGAGGCCACUGGCCUGGGAGGAGCAGAGCUGGAGCAACUGCUGCCACACAAAGUCUUCCAGGGGAAUAAGCCCAGCAACUCCAUUGUUUUCAAGAAGCUGUCACCCUUCAUGCUGGGAGCACUGGUUGCCAUGUACGAGCACAAGAUCUUUGUGCAAGGAGUCAUCUGGAACAUCAACAGCUAUGACCAGUGGGGAGUUGAGCUGGGCAAACAGCUGGCCAAGGCCAUUGAGCCGGAGCUGAGGGACAGUUCCGAGGUCCACACUCACGAUUCCUCUACCAACGGCCUCAUAAACUUUCUCAAGAAGAACUCAGCCUAAUUCCUUCUCUUCUUCAUGGCUGACCUUUGACCUUUACCCCCCUGGCUGAUCCCUAUUGGAACCAUACUAUUGCCUGAACUAUUCCACAUUGUAGUCCUGGCCCCAACUUAUAGCCCCUUGACCCGCAUAAAAGAGCACUUUACAAUUGUGAUCACCAGUCUGUUUGAGUGUUUAAGUGAAUUGUAAGAUUUAACUGUAUAAUUAAAUGUGUAUUACAGCUCACCUAAUAAUGGAAUCAAUCACGUUUUGGGAGGAGGGGAAACUCUUGCUUAAUAUUAGAAUGUGCCGAUAUUACUGUAGGUGACAAGGCCACCUCACUCUAACCUAGUCAACACUGACUUACCAAAUAAAUGUAAUUUGUCACUA